AUGAAUUCUUAUCGUCAAAAUGAAUAAAAGAAAUUACGUAAUUCUUAUCUAACUAAUAAUCUUGAAAACUCUAUGAUAUCAAACAAAUCCAAGAAUUCAUUCAAAGAUCUAAAUGAAUACAGAAGUAUAUUAUAUAUAUUAAUACACUCAGAUCAUACUCCUUAAGAGAGAACAGGUCAUCGUAAUUAAUAAAGUGCCUCAAAGAUUAAAUAAAUACUUUCAAAUUUAGUAUAGACAGAUUAAAUUACUCCUAAAUCACCUUUUGGAUAAAGUCUAAAAGAGAAAUAGGAUAUGAAGUUAACAGAUAAUAUUUGUAAGAAUAUUUUAAUAUUAAGACUCUAAAACGCCUAAGACAAAUGAUUCAUACUUCAAAUAAUAGAUAGUUGCACCUUAAUCUACUAGAGAAGUAAAUUAGAAUAACGAAAACCUUUAAAAUUUAUAUUAUAUGUUUCAAAAUAAACAGUAAGAUUCUCAAAGUAAAUAAAAUGUGUUAACUUUGUCUCAAUUGGCAAAACAAUAUUAACAAUAAAGAAUUAAUAAUGAUUAAAUAGCUUAAAAGAAUGGAUUCAAUAACAAUUAAAACAAAGAUACUUAUCAUUCUUCUAUUUAUAUAAAUUAGAUCUAAUAAUUAAAACAAAAAAUUGAUAAUAGUUUAUAAAGGAAAACUUCUUAAAAAACAGAAAAAUAUUAAAAUUAAAAUGAAUCAUAAAUAAUCAAAAAUAAUGGGAUUUCUUCAAUAUCUAAAAGAACUUAAUAAGAUUUAAAUUGUUUUGCUAAGACUGAAGAAAUCUCUGAUUAAUUAAUUUAAUUAGUACUUUAAAAGGAAUUAUUAUGGAAUAAAUUAUAUUAAAAUUUAGAAAAAUUAAAUUAUUCAUCAUUAAUAACUCAUUGUAUAGAGUUACAUUAAUGUAUAAGUUAAUUAUCAGAAAGAAAUAAUGUAUAAUAAUAAUUAAGUUUAGACUUAAUAUUUAUAUGAUAUAGACAUAAAUAUAAUAGAUACAUUUUUAUUAGAAUCAUUUACAGUUUUGAUAAUGUUAAUGGAAUAACCAAAAGGAGAGUAGAUUUUAGAUUAAAAUUUAAGAAAUUUAAUCAUAUAUAUUACUUAAAGUAAUUUUUACUUAAUUUAAACUAUGAAUUGUGCUGUAGUUCAUGUAUCAAAUAUUAUAUAAUUAGUCUUUAUUAAAAUAAAGAAUUGAAUUAAGAUAAUUGCAAUAAAAAAAACAAUAAAAUAAAGCCAAAUAAACUUUAUAGAAAAAUAAUUUUAUUAUAAGAUCUAUUUUAGAAUUGAUGUAAGUAAAUAAUCAAUAUUAGGUAUUGACGACACGACUCAUUCAGAUGUAUAUUCAUCACUUGAGUUUAAAUAAUAAAACCUAGAUUCUUACUUUAUUUAACAAAAUAAAAUAUUAAAUCAAAUUUCUAAGUAGCUAUAAAAAGAUAACAAUCUAAAGAGUACUAUUAAUAAUAAAAGUUUAAAUGUUCUUGAAAAAAAGAAAUAACCAAUAUUACCAUCUAAAUAAACUAAAAAUUAUACAUUAGUAUUAGAUCUUGAUGAAACUUUAGUUCAUUAUUAAGAAGUAAAAAUAAAUAUAAAAAUAGUUUCCAAAUGGUGGAGGACAAUUUUUAGUUAGACCUUACACAGAAGAAUUUUUAGAAAAAUUAUCAAAAUAUUAUGAAAUAAUAAUUUUUACAGCUGCUUAACCUGAUUAUGCUAAUUUUAUUAUAGAUAUAAUAGAUAAAUAAUAGAUUGUAAAAGCUAGACUAUAUAGAGAACAUACAUUUCUUAAAGAUAAUGUAUAUAUUAAAGUAAGAGUAUAUUUUUAAGAAUAGGAUUUAUCUAUUCUUGGUAGAAAUUUAAAUAAAGUGAUUAUUGUAGAUAAUAUGCCUGAGAAUUUUUAGUUACAACCUGAAAAUGGAAUAUAUAUAUAGAGUUGGACAGGAGAACAAAAAGACAAAGCUCUGAAAGAUUUAAUGCCUCUUUUAGAAUGUAUUAUAAAUGAUAAUUAAAAUAGAAAUUGCAAUAAAAAAGUGUAAAGAUGUCAGAGAAGCUUUAAAUUAAUUUAGAGAAUAAAUGAUUCAAAAAGUAUAAUAAGGAAUAAAGAAUCCAUAUGAAAAUCUUUAGUUAACAUGA